AUGAAGUUCCUAUCAGUAUCCGUCGCGGCUCUGAUAGCUGGAUCCGCCAAUGCAUUUUCAUCUCGAUCUGCAUUCACAGGAGUCAAGCCAAUGAAUGUUGCUGCUGCUGCGGAUGGCAGCAGUACGUCUCUGCAAAUGGUGUUGGAAAAGCCAGCCACAAAGAAGAUUUCCAAGCUAGAACAAUUGAAAGUGGCUUCUGGAAACUUGGUGAAACCAUUGAUGGAGGAACUUUACACAGAAGAAAUUGGAAUUUCCAAGGAUGCUUACCAAAUCCUCAAGUACCACGGAUCCUAUCAACAAUCCAACCGUGAAAUCAAAGGAAAGGACUAUCAGUUCAUGUUGCGUCUCAAGCAACCUGCCGGAGAACUGUCACCCGACCUCUUUCGUCUGUUGGAUGAUCUCUCGAUCAAGCAUGGACAAGGAGAUCUUCGGGCUACCACUCGUCAGUGCUUUCAGAUGCACGGCAUCAUGAAGGGAUCUCUAAAGACUGUCAUUUCCUCCAUCAUGAACAUUGGAUCCUCGACUGUUGGAGCAUGUGGAGAUGUCAACCGUAACGUCAUGAUCACACCGGCUCCCUUUACGACUCCGGAAUACGAUUAUGCUCGUGAAUACUCCAAGGUGUUCGCCCACUUGUUCCGUCCUAUGACUCCUGCCUUUUCCGAAAUCUGGUUGGAUGGAGAGAAGGUCGCUACAUCUGAAGUCUGGGCCAAGGAAGUGGAACACCACAAUGUUGACGAAAAGAUGUUGUACGAUUCUGGUCGAGGAAUCAUUUUGGACCACCCCAUCGAACCCAUUUACGGUGACCGUUACCUUCCACGCAAGUUCAAGAUUGGUGUCACUGUUCCUGGCGACAAUUCCCUCGAUAUCUACACCAACGAUAUUGGUUGUGUAGUCAUCACCAAUGAUCAAGGCGAAUUGGAGGGUUUCAACGUCAUGGUCGGUGGCGGUAUGGGACGCACCCACAAGAAGGAAAACACCUUUGCCCGAGCUGCUGACCACAUGGGAUUCGUUCCAAAGGAAGACAUCAUGGAGUGCCUCAAGGCCAUUGUUGCUGCCCAACGUGAUCACGGAAACCGUGAUGUUCGUGCCAAUGCCCGUAUGAAGUACUUGGUCCACACCUUGGGAAUUGACAAUUUCCGUACUUUGGUCGAAUCCUACUUUGGAAAGAAGAUCCAACCUUGGAGAGAAAUGGCGGAAUGGAAGUACAACGAUUGGAUGGGAUGGUGGGAACAAGGCGACGGAAAGUUGUUCUACGGACUUCACGUGGACAAUGGCCGUGUCAAGGACGAAGGAAACUUCCGAUUAAAGACUGCCUUGCGAGUCAUUACGGACAAGUACAAUUUGCCCAUGAUUUUGAGUCCUACCCAAUCCAUCAUUUUCCGAGACAUCAAGCCCGAAGACAGACCCGGAAUUGAAGCCAUCUUUGCCGAACAUGGAAUCAAGCCUUUGGAAGAAGUCGACCCGUUGAGCCGUCUUGCCAUGGCUUGCCCUGCUCUUCCACUUUGUGGUCUCGCCCAAACUGAGGCGGAACGUAUCAUUCCAAGCUACAUUGCACGCAUCCGUGCCCUUUUGGACAAGAUGGGAAUUAGCGACGAAGAAAUUGUGAUGCGCAUGACUGGAUGCCCCAACGGAUGUGCCCGCCCAUACAUGGCCGAGCUUGCCUUUGUCGGUGAUGGACCCAAUAGCUACCAAGUGUGGUUGGGAGGAAGCCCAGUCUUGACUCGCACAGCCUACCCCUUCAUGGCCAAGAUGAAGGCUGACGAUUUGGAGGUAACCAUGGAACCCAUUUUCGAUAUGUUCAUCAAGCAACGACAGGAAUUUGAAGCUUUCGGAGACUUCUGCCACCGAGCCGGUGCCGAAGCAAUCGAGAAGUACAUGGAAAGCUACUCUGCAUAA